AAUUAUUCGGCGACAUGAUUCCCUUAAACUAUGGCAUAUUCUCUCGGCGCCCUGCUAUAAUUUUGACCUCAACUUUUGGCUGCUCAUUGUUUGCCUUUAAUCUUCAACAUUAUAUCGUCUCGCCAUAAUAUUCUAUUUCUUUUCCUUUUUCCCACCUGUUAUUUUCCUCUGCUCUGGAUUGGAUCAUCAUUCCUUCCCACACUCGUGUCUAAUUCCCCCAGCAAAAUCGUUUCGGAUAUGGAUCUCUGCACUGCAAAUCUCAAGAACACCGCCACCUUCUCACUCAAACAACCCAUUUCUCCCAGCUUGCCGAAGACUACGAGGAGAUUUUCCUCUUCACAUCUCUUUGGCGCUCAUCUUCUGCGCCUGCUUGAGAUCCCACUUUUCAGGCCUUCUGCUUCUCGCUCAUUUCUGGUCACACCGGUUGCCAAGAACAAUCGCGACAAUUCUCCCUCUCCUGGACAUGGUGACCAUUCGGUACCUGGAGAUGACGCUAAAUCAAACAACAUUUCUGAUGCCAACAAAACUAAUGAAUCUUCUUCCCAAAAAUCACAUCAUAUUAAUUUGGACUGGAGGGAAUUCAGAGCAAACCUAUUCGCUCGUGAGCAGGCAGAGAAGGUGGAAAAUGCAAAGGGUGACGCUCACGAGUGUAGGCCUCUGGGCCUGAAGUGGGCACAUCCCAUUCCUGUGCCUGAGACUGGGUGUGUCCUUGUGGCCACAGAGAAGUUGGAGGGUGUUCGCAGUUUUGAGCGAACAGUCAUUCUUCUCCUCAGAUGUGGAAACAGACAUCCUGAGGAGGGGCCAUUUGGGGUUGUGAUUAAUUCCCCGCUCCACAAAAAGAUCAAGCAUAUGAAUCCAACCAAUCUUGACUUAGCAACUACAUUCUCUGAUUGCUCUCUACACUUUGGAGGGCCUGUUGAGGCGAGCAUGUUUUUGAUGAAAACAGGAGAAAAAUUGAAACUCCAUGGGUUCGAAGAAGUGAUCCCAGGCCUCUGCUUUGGCGCUCGAAACAGCCUUGAUGAAGCUGCAGUGCUGGUGAAGAAGGGAAUCCUUAAGCCUCAGGACUUCAGAUUCUUUGUGGGCUAUGCUGGGUGGCAACUGGAUCAAUUGAGGGAGGAGAUUGAAUCAGAUUACUGGCAUGUGGCUGCUUGUAGCUCAAAUCUAAUUAGUGGCGCCACAUCAGAGGGACUCUGGGAGGAGAUUUUGCAGUUAAUGGGUGGUCACUAUUCAGAGUUGAGCAGAAGGCCCAAGCAAGAUAUGUAGCUACCUAUUUAUUUCAAGGAACACUCAAAAUUCUGAGCUCAAAUGCGUAAUCGAAGUUAAGCUAAAAGCCAUAAAAAGCUGGAAGCCAAAUGUACAGAAGUUAGCUCGCUUUUGAAAUUUAGAACGCAUCAUCCCUUUCUAAGCACAGCAACGCUCUUCUAUAGCUAUUUAUAAAUGUAAUUUAUGUAGAGUAUACUGCAGUCAAUCUGUUCGCAUUUGCUUGA